UCUACCCUCGUCUGUCCCGCUAUGUUCAAGAGUGCUGCGACUAAGAUCGCGCACAACUCAACGCUACCUUCGUUGGGAGGCAACAAGGACUUGCGACCACUCCAGGAUCUCAUCACCGCUGAGAAGGCGGUUCUCAUAACACUCCAGAAACUCAGCGUAGACUUGACCAAAGCCUCUGAUGCCUUGCGCGUCUGGGGUAACGGCGAAGGCGAAGAUCUCGGAGACAUUCUCGGUGCAUCUACUACAGUUAUGAGCCAUUUUUCUACCGCCCUUUCUUCCUAUGCUUCCAAAGAACAUGCAAUUCGAGAUCAUCUGAAAGCCAUUCGAACCCGGGAAGAAGCCCUUGACGAACUAAAACGGCGACGAAAAGCAACCCUAGCUCGCGCAGACAGUGCAGAGAAGAAACUCAACAAGAUGGGGGCAGAGCAUAAAAACCUUGCCGCACAGACGGACACACUCGCGCAACUCCAGGCUCAGAUUCGACAGAUGGAUGGCGAGAUCAUGAACGAAGAAGCGGCCCUCGGCGACUUUAAGCGAUCCAGUACUCGAGCGUUCAUGGGACUCAAGUUUGGGGGUCUCUUAGAGACUUCAGAAAAGGGAUGCAUUGUUGCGGACAUGGGCAUUGUAAUUGCUUCUGAAAUCCCAGAAGACGUUACGCCGCCCGGUUCUGGUCGUGCUAUGUACAUGGGUCACCAGCAAACGUCACAAAGAGUUAUGGAGGCUGAGCACGCAGUCAAUGGGAUCGCAUUUUCUGGUGUUCUUCCCUCGGUUGGAUCAGCACCGCAGCCAAGAGGCGCCCCUCCUCGUCUCCAUGUUGCAGACCCUGAUAAUCUCAGCAUGCAGAACACUGGGAUAAGCUCCUUCAAUCCCGGAUAUGGCAACGGAAUGGAGUCGAUCAGUGUCCAAAACACUGGCCUUUCAUAUGAACCGCCGCCACCUUCCAAUGUCAACUCUGGAUUUCUUCCUCCACCGGAUGUCAACAGCGGCUUUUUGGACGGACGAGCUUCCCCCGGCUCUUCGUUUUCUUACCAACCACCUCAGCAAUUGCAACAAGGUCCAAGUGAUGGCAGUGCAUUUGCGUCUUCUCAGCCGGGGGGCUAUACCGCCAGCACUCUCAGUAGUGUUUACGUCCCACCAACUAUGCAGGGCGGGUACUCAGCUCCUGGAGGCUACGAAUAUAGCUCUGCAGGCGGUGUAGAGGGACUUCCGGAACAAUCACGUGAAGAACCUGCUGCUGGAUUAAGCAGUACUGGCGUUGGUCUAGGCUCAGAAGGCCCUGGCGGUGGCCGAUUUGCGACAUUCCCCGUUCGUGGGAGAAGUUAUUCAGCUUCUGGUCAAACUCAAGGCCAAAGCCCGCCCGCAGCCACUUAUUCAGAUCCUCCGCCAAGUCUCGGAGCCAUGACGCGCAAAGACACCAGUGGAAGCGAUUUCAUGUCAUCUGUUCUAGAUGCAGGGGAGUUCGGUUUCAUUGCCCAGUAUCCUCUGGACGCGCCGACAUCUCCACCUCAAGUGCCUACUAAUUCGCAAGCGGCGGAACUAGCCAAGCUUUCUGAAAAGCAUCAGGAGCGCGAACGAGAAAGGCAACGGACAAUGCAUGAGGAUGACCCUGUACCAGAAUAUCAGCUCGAAGCAUCAACUCAUCACGAGUAUUCUUCGCCUGGCUCCUCUUUCCCUCCUGGUCCACCUCCCGGUGCUGCUCCGCCUGUUAUGGGCGGAGUUUGGGCUGGAGAGGUCACUCCGCGACCACCAGCAAAUCAGCUUGCUGUUGAAGAAGGUGGCGGAGACCGCAAGUCGACUGUGACGAAUGAGUCAGAGGAUUUCAGUCUGGCAUAUAUGAAUAAUGAACAUGACGAAGAGGCGCUUUUACCAGGCGAGAACGAGCAGCAGCGACAAGCAAGACUGUCGAAGCAUGUCAGAUUUGGGGGUGAGGGUGUAUUUGGUGAGACCGAGCCCCCAUUUGUAAAACGACAGAACUCAUCCCCAGCGUUGCGCAAACGUGUACCACCACCAACAUUCGAUCCCGAGGUGGACAAUGAACGGGUCUUGAAUGCUGCAGCUGCCCGUGAAAUCACACAGGAAAUGAAUGCGCUCAGUCAACUACCGCCAGUUCCCGUAAUUCCUCAACACUACGAGGAGACAAACUGGGAGCCGCCGCAACCACAGCCACCUUCGCCAGACCGGAACUAUAUUGUGAGUUCACCGGUCCAUGAGCAACCUACACAGCCACAAUACGGGUCGCCACCAAGAGAACGUCAGCGUUCCAUGUCUCCUCAGCCCCAACUGUACUCUCCUCCAACCCAAUACCACCAGCCUUUACCAAAUCCACACUAUAACGCGCCUGGUCAAUACCAACCUCCUGUGCCCAUGCGCGAACCCUCGCCUCGAAUUCCGCCGGUUUCGCGGACUACCACAAUGGACAGCCACCAAACAACGCCCUCGUGGGAUUCCGGAAGUGGCAAGCCUUCAAACACUGGUCAUCACACGACUCCAUCGUGGGCAUUAUCACCUUCGUCGCCAGUUGAAGGGCCAGCAUCUCCCCGUCUUGAUGCACCGUAUCGGCCGUUUGCCAGUCGAUCUUCGUCAUCGGUCAAUUCGGUUGGACAGGCACCCGCUGGUGCAAAGACCAUCUCAGCUGCUGCGUUCAGGAGGCCACAAAAGAGUCCUGGUAUGGGUAUGGGGCCUGAGAUUGCUGAUACCAGCCCUUUGGCACCCAAAAAACGAUUACCAGCCAGUCCUUAUCCGCAACAACGGCAAAAUGCAGCUGCCGUGCCACCCCAAGCACAACACCCAGACGACUUUGACUACAUCAGCGCCUACGAACGCGAUUCGCAUGCGUUUUUCGAUGAUGCGCAUAGCGGCAGUCCGGUCCAAACCGAUUUUGGGAGGUUGGGGAACGUCCAGGUGGUUGGAGGACGUCCACCAGGCAGCCCGACAUAUGGGAAUGAUGGGAGGGAGGAUGUACGGUAA